AACAUUACAGUGGUGUCAGAAGAAAUCAGAAAAUGUAGUGAUUUUAAUUGAACAACAGAAUAUAGAAAUCAAUAUAAUACCCAUAAUUCUACAUUAUCUUGUCAGCGUGAGGGCCGUAUAGAUCUAUUUAUGGAUCGAGCUUUAUGUCCAAACAAAGACAUUAAAGAUUCAUCUGAUAUUUGUUUACUUGCGUAAUUAUAAUAGAAGUGAUAGCAAUGGAAGGUAUAAGCUCAUCUCCAGAAGAGCACACAGCUUCUGAAGGGGAGGAAGCCAGAAAAAUAACCAGAGAGUCACCAGGAAAUCAUAAUGAUCAAGGUUUUCCUCAGGCGACCUCUUCCGCGAACAUUUCACAGUUAGAAGAAAAAAUGCGUCGUAAGCUGCAGUUUUUCUUUAUGAACCCGAUCGAGAAGUGGCACGCCAAGCGGAAGUUUCCAUACAAGUUCAUCAUACAACUCAUCAAGAUAGUGCUGGUGACGUUUCAACUGUGUUUGUUUGCUCACAACAGAUACAAUCACGUUAACUAUACUGAAGAUAACAGGGUGAGCUUCUCACAUUUAUUUCUUCUUGGCUGGGACUCUACGCGCGAGAUAAACGCGUAUCCGCCGGGCGCAGGCCCACUGGCUGUCUACAAAUUGGACGAAUUCUAUAAUGCACUAGAUUAUGCUUACGCUGGAUACUAUAAUCUUUCCAAUGCCAUUGGACCAUACUCUUACAAUGAUGAAAGUAAUAAUCCACCCCCUCCGGUGUUCUGCCAGUUCAACUACAAAAGAGGUAUUAUAAAUGGCUUCAAUGAAAGUUAUGAAUUUAAUGCAGAAAUAGUAUCCUCGUGUGUUAAUUUCACUAAAACUGAAGAGCUCUUCAGUUCUCAAAAUUUCAUCAAAGAAUCAAACUUGGAAGUUGAUUUUGCAUCUUUAGUAAGAGCUGAAUUAAUGUUUUCUAUUAAAACUAUAAACUUCAGAGCUGCAGGCCCCAUAACUCCACCAGACUGCUUCCGAUUUGAUGUUGCUAUAGUUUUUGACAAUGAAGACCAUGACGGUCAAAUGUCUUUGAGCUUGGAAGCUGAACCUCAUAAACUAGCUUGUAAAGGAGACAAAGAAUAUGUGACAGACAACAAAAUAGAUCAAAUAUUACGAAGCAUCCUCAACAUUCUAGUUAUUUUGAUUUGCUCUAUGUCACUCAUGCUGUGCAGUCGGGCAAUUUACCGAGCUCAACUUCUAAAAGAGCUUACAGUCCAAUUCUUCAGACAGGCCUACAAUAAGGAACUAAGUCUGGAUGGAAGACUAGAAUUCCUAAAUGUUUGGUACAUCAUGAUCAUUGUCAAUGACAUCCUAAUUAUUAUGGGUUCAGCCAUCAAGGAGCAAAUAGAGCGCAACCAGUUCACCAAUGACCAAUGGAAUGUCUGCUCAUUAUUUUUAGGCACCGGAAACCUGUUGGUUUGGUUUGGAGUACUAAGAUACUUAGGCUUUUUCAAGACCUACAAUGUUGUCAUCCUAACAUUAAAGAAAGCUGCUCCUAAGAUAUUCAGAUUCUCAAUAUGUGCACUCCUCCUAUAUGCAGGUUUUACUUUCUGUGGGUGGUUAAUACUAGGUCCAUAUCACAUGAAGUUCCGAUCACUUGCCACCACCUCCGAAUGUCUGUUCUCUUUAAUAAACGGAGAUGAUAUGUUUGCUACCUUCUCAGUCAUGUCCAAGAAAUCCCACUUACUUUGGUGGUUCAGCCGCAUAUACCUGUACUCGUUCAUCAGUUUGUACAUAUAUGUUGUUCUGAGUUUGUUUAUUUCAGUUAUUAUGGAUGCAUAUGAUACAAUUAAACAGUACUAUAAGGAGGGUUUCCCUAAGAGUGACUUGCAUACAUUUAUGGGCGCUCCGCGGUGCGACGACGUGUCGUCGGGGCUGUACCGCACUCAGAGUUCCUCUUCCCUCAAUGCUACUAUGAAUUCAUUGUUUUGUUGUAACUUCUACAGAAGUGCAUACGCUAAGAUAGAAGGGGGCGGAUCCAGUGUAAACCUGUUGUAGAUAAAAUUAAGUAAACCUUGUUGUUAUUAACGAAUGUACAUAGUCAUAUUAUCAGAGAAUAGUAUUUAUAAAGAGUGUCAAUAUAAUAACACAAAAUCAGAUUUGUUCGCCUAUAACCAAGCUCUAUCUAAAAGAACCCAUAAAAAUACAUGAAACUGUAACCAUGGUUUAUAAUUCGAUUCUAGAGUCUAGUCUAUUAGAGUAUCUGAGGCUCAAUUUAGCGUUUAACAUUGGUACUGUUUAUAAUUGCUUAGUCUCUGAUUAUCUAUAAGUGUUUGUAUGAUAUUAGAUUAUCUGUAUAUGUCGCAAUAGCAUUAGAAAUUAGGGCAGUUAUGAGUUAGCUUCGAGGCUAAUAUGUUAAAAUUCCCAAGUUAAGGAUUAGUGUUCUUGGUACAGUCAAUAGGAGAUUUAUCUAAACAGUCAAAUUAGUUCAAAAUACACAUAACAUUCAUCUGUGUAUGGUUUGAAUCUUCUCAAAUGAUUUUUACGCCAACCAACCUAAUCUGUUAAACAAAAGCCAUUGUUGUUUUUGCUUGAGCGCGUGGCCAUUGUGUUUGAGCGCGUGGCAAUUGUGCCUGAGCGCGUGCCACACAGACAUGUGCGUGUUUAACAGAUUAGGAUCUUGGCGUAAAAAUCAUUUGAGAAGAUUCAAACUACAGAUACAGGUAUUUUCUGCUGACUGUACUUAACUUUAGUUACCAAAGGAAGAUUAUUUCUUGCCUACCUUAGUCAAAUUAAAAUCUUGCAUAGAUGAAAUAUAUGAACGAAAAUAUAGAUUUUAAGAAUGUAACUAUGUAUGUAGUUCAAAUAUCUACUGGUAUCAUAUUUUCAACACUAUUAUUGUUGUAUUACAUUAGACACAACACAACAAAUGAAUGUAUUUAUUUUAUAAUAUAUUCAAUAAUGCACUUAGUUUCAUCAUAAAAUAUCGUGAAUUAUGGUAGAAACUAAACUUUUAGAGUUGUUGUAUUUCCUCAUGUAAUUUUAUCAACAUUAGGAUAUACCUAUCUUAAAUUUUUGUAUUGUGCAUGUUUUUUUAAUAAAAAUAAUAUUGUUACAUUUAGUUUAUGUUAAAGAAAUCGAGAAUGUUUUUGCAUGAUUGACCAGACCACCUUGUUGCAUAAACAUAUUAUAUAUGUAUGUAUUUUGUUUAAUGUCGCCAAAAAUAGUUCUAAAGAUUGUUAGUGUGACUUGGUGGAAAGUACUUACUUUUUAAUUGUAAGUCAUGUUUGGAUGGUCAAGCUAUUUUAGUUUUAUUUUUGUUGAAAUAAAAUCCAAGAUAGCUUUUCUACCUAUCAGUAGUGUUACUUUCAGGAUCUUCCCCAAAAUGAUGAUAUUUUCGAAAUAGGGUAAAAAAAGUAGGUAAUCACAUAAUACAUAUUACUGUAUAACUCGCUAAUUCUU